CCUCUCAGCUCAGAGAGAGCCCUAAGAGCCCACAAGAGCAACCGUUAGAGCAGAGAUAGAUAGACAAACACAUAGAACUCCCUUACUGAGAAAUAUCACAACAAAAGUACAAAGUCAAUUCAAAACAUAUCCAUCCAUGAGGUUCAAAACCUGAUUGGAUAAGUAUUUUAAUACAUAGAUACAAAAUCAAGAUUGAUCUGUUGAUUCAUUGCGAUGGAUCUUAGGGAAUGAGUAUAAAGGAUAUACAACUGGAGAACAAGAGUCACGGAGCAAGACAGAAAACAGCAUCUUCCUCGACAUCAGCAGAAGUGUACAGCUGGGCUAAGUGAUUCCCUCCACCUGCGAGGCACCACUCUGCCAGCGUGCAUCCAGCCUCCCUGCACUUAUCACCAGCCACCAGCGCAGCUCCAGCACCAGCAGAGGAUGGCUGCAGCCAAGACCGAGAUGAUCCUCCCAGCCCUGCAGAUCUCAGAGCCGCUGAGCUUCCCUCACUCCCCCAUGGAUAACUAUCCCAAGCUGGAGGAGGUGAUGAUGCUCAGCUCUGCAGGGACCCCCUUCCUCACCGCCUCCGUACCCGAAGGUGUAGGCUUUGGCUCCGGGGAAGCAGGAGAUCAGUACGACCACCUUGCUGGAGAUACGUUACCUGAUAUCCCCUUCAACUGUGACAAGUCAGUGGGAGAGCAGACCUACCCCACCCAGAGGCUGCCCCCCAUCUCUUACACAGGCCGCUUCACCCUGGAGCCUGCCACCACCUGCAGCAACAGCCUCUGGGCGGAGCCCAUCUUGGGCCUGUUCACUGGUCUGAUGGGCAAUAUUGCCCCCAGCUCUUCCUCCGCUGCCUCACAGACCACCUCGUCCUCCACUUCCUCCUCUUCUACCUCUUCCUCAUCUCAGAGCCUCAGUUCCUCCAUUCACCACAGCGAGCCCAACCCCAUCUACUCAGCGGCCCCAACCUACUCCAGUCCCAACUCUGACAUCUUCUCGGACCAGGGCCAGGUUUUUGCCAGCUCGGCUGGAGGUGUGCAGUACCCUCCUCCGGCCUACCCCAAUGGCAAAACCUGCAACACUAGCUUCCCUGUGCCCAUGAUUCCUGACUACCUCUUUCCUCAGCAGCAGGGAGAGAUCAGCCUGGUGCCCCUUGACCAAAAGCCCUUCCAGAGUCAGUCAAGCCAGCCCUCCCUCACUCCUCUGUCCACUAUCAAGGCCUUUGCCACCCAGACUGGUUCCCAGGACUUAAAGAGUGUCUACCAGUCCCAGCUGAUUAAGCCCAGCCGCAUGCGCAAGUACCCCACACGGCCAAGCAAGACACCUCCUCACGAGAGGCCCUAUGCUUGCCCUGUUGAGACCUGCGACCGUCGCUUCUCCCGUUCUGAUGAGCUGACACGUCACAUCCGCAUCCACACAGGGCAGAAACCCUUCCAGUGCCGUAUCUGCAUGCGCAACUUCAGCCGCAGCGACCACCUGACAACCCACAUCCGCACUCACACUGGAGAGAAGCCCUUCGCCUGCGAGAUCUGCGGACGCAAGUUUGCCCGCAGUGAUGAGAGGAAGAGGCACACAAAAAUCCACCUACGACAGAAGGACAAGAAAGCAGAGAAGGCAGGAGCAGUGGUGGUGACAGCAGCGCCGGUAUCAGCUGCUUCACCUGCCUCCAGCUACCCUUCUCCGAUCACCUCCUACCCAUCUCCAGUGUCUUCUUACCCCUCUCCCGUCACCUCCUGCUACUCCUCUCCCGUUCACACUUCCUAUCCCUCUCCUUCCAUCGCCACCACCUACCCAUCGGUGUCCAUGUCCAGCUCCUUUCAGUCCCACAUCGCCUCCUCCUUCCCCUCCUCAGUCGCCUCCAACAUCUACAGCUCCCCCGUCCCCACCCCGCUAUCAGACAUGCAGACCACUCUCUCCCCAAGGACAAUCGAGAUCUGCUAAGAAAGACUUUUAAUAAAAACUUUUCAUAGUCUCUGUGCACCUCUCCUUCCUUAAGGUUCUUUGAGGGGAAAGAACACAGAAUCAAAAGACUUUGUUUUCCCUUCCAAAAAGCACUUUUCUGUCUGCUCCCUGUGCAGUGUUAGGUGAAUCUUGAGAUUUACCUGAAACAGAGAAAAAGACACAUGUCAAGGACUAGGCAAAGACAAUAGAAGAUAAAAAGGAAUUUCUUUUUGUUUCUGUAAAACAAAUUCAGCACUUCAAAUGCAUAAGGGACUCAACAGAUAGACUGUAGAAACCGGCAUUGACGGGUCUCUCCUAUUAGGUACACAAAAACCAAGAGACACACAGAUUGCCAGUUGUGGCACGUUCGCCCUUGCAGGCACUCAAACAGUACAAAAGACAUUGAAUGAUAUACAUAAGCUACCAUAUAUGUAUAUUGUACAUGUGCCAUGUUCCGUUUUUUAUCAUUCUUUGGUACCAUUGAUGUGAAAAAUGAUUUGCAUAUUUGCAUUGUAUUAUUUGAAGUGAGCAGGGCCAUAUUUUCUACAUACUUUCUCUAUUAUGUAGUGAUGAUGCUGUGAUUCGUUUUGACAUUGUUUGAAAAAAAAAAGCACUUAAGUAUUCAAGCAUGAGUAAGAGUGAUGUUAGUUUCUGUUUGUAAAUAUCAUCCACUGGUACUAUAUUUUUCUCUCUUUCUCACAUGUGACAUAUCGCUCGGUUAUAUGGAAAAAUAGAGAAAAGAAAAAAAAAAAACAUUUAAAAAAAAAAACUAAACAAGACAAACGCUCCCGUUAUUUGGUGCCUUUUUGUGAAGCCUUGCUGAUGUUGUGACUCGGCUGUGCGCGAGAGAGGAUGCACUGCAUCUCGCCUUAAGGGUUGAGGGAAUAUUUUUGUUACAGAAUGUAAGUCAUACUCGGAGGGAGGAAAAGGGACGAGCUAUGAGGGCACCGCUUCAUUUCAUUAGAAUGUAAGCAAAAAAGGAGAAAAACUAUAAAGUAUAUUUUUGUAAAACUUAAGUGUAAAUAUCCACAUCUUCAAGAGCUGGAAUGUUGAAGUUACCUACUGAGUAGGCAUGGGAUUCUUUUGUAUGUUAUAUACAUGCAGUUCAUUAUUUUGUGGUUAUCUUUAUUUUGUAUUUGUGUUUGUUAAAACAAGUGACUGUUUCUGGCUUCUAAACACAUUGAAUGCGCUUAACUGCCAAUGGGAUAUUUGGUGUACAAGAUAUCCUCCCAGAAAUGAAAUAUAAAUAAAAAUAUGAAUAUAUAUGUA